ACCACAUUCAUCACUUGUACUAAGUUCUUUUGAAACAACAACCACAUUUAUUUUUUUCUCUCUUUCUAAACUUUGAAGAUCAUAUACAAGACAUUAAGAAUGGUACAAAGUAACAAGUUUAGAGGAGUUAGACAGCGCCAGUGGGGCUCUUGGGUCUCAGAAAUUCGUCACCCAUUACUGAAGAGAAGGGUAUGGCUAGGUACAUUUGAGACAGCAGAGGCAGCAGCAAGAGCAUAUGAUGAAGCAGCCAUUUUAAUGAAUGGCAAAAAUGCCAAAACCAAUUUCCCUAUACCAAAAGAUAUUCAAACACAAGAAGCCAAUUUCCUCUCUUCAAAUGCUCUUUCUGAUAUCCUCAAUAAAAAACUUAGAAAGUGUUGCAAAAAACAAUCUCCAUCACUCACUUGUUUGAGGCUUGAUACUGACAAUUCUCACAUAGGAGUGUGGCAAAAAGGAGCAGGACCACAUUCUGAUUCUAAUUGGAUCAUAAGGGUGGAGCUUGGAAAAAAAUUACAUCAAGAGGGUCAUGAUGAAUCAAAUUAUGUGACAUCAUUAGCAGAAUCGGUACCUAAUAAUAGUACUAUUGAUGAUGAUGAUGAUGCUGAGAAAAAUGGGAUAGAUCAUGAAGAGGAUAUUGUUACCAUGCAGAUGAUUGAAGAGCUACUUAAUUGAAACUAUUUAUGUGAUAGUUCAAUUAACCUUCAAGAGUACUCUAUAAAGUUACUUCUAUAAAUACUAUUUAUGUGAUAGUUCAAUAAAUAAAUAGUAUAGUACUAUAUAUG